AUGCUUUGGGCCAGUUCCUUGGAGUUUGGGGAGCCUGGUGUGUACUUUAUCUGGGCCUGCAGCUUUGCGUGGCUUAAGUCCAAGAAGAAGCUUGAGGACACCCUUCUCUUUCACAUUACAGCGGUUGAGCUUCAAACUGUUAACCAAGCCUUGGAGUAUGUGAACCAGAUACGGGAAGAGACAUGUGGAGCCGGAACUGGGGAAGUUCUUCCUUUACAAUUUGACGUCACAGUCUGGAAUCAAUACACAGACCCAGCUGUUAGAACAGCAAAUUUACUGUCCAAGGUUAUUGCCAUCAACAAUGGGACGCUCGAUUACAUCGACGACGAACUGUUCUUUCUUCUCGUACGAAACAAUGUACACGGGGAUACAGUGAUAUAUGGCUCGGGUAUUGGACUAGAAAAGGGUGUUUACAGUAAGUACGACAGUUUUUGUCCCUAUGCGUACAAGAAAAAUGGAACUGUUAGAGCGCAUGAUAUAGCCAUUAACUAUGACUACCAAGACACGUAUACACCCUGGUGGACGGAGAUCAAAGCGAAGAAUUUUGAUAACGUUCCUAUAGUUAAAGAUGUGGUUAUGUAUAGAGAAGGAGACGACCAUCUUCGUCCAGAACGUGCAGUCUCUUAUCCAGUGGCAAAAACAACAGAUGGCUACUGGACUGUACCAUAUUUUGAUUGUGGUGGUGGUAACGUCUGGAUGGUGACAUACGUAGCUCCUCUUCUAAAAGAACAUAACGGUUCUGUUGUGUUUCAAGGGAUAGCAUCUAUAGACAUUGAAUUGACGCACAUUGACAUUAACCAAUGUGAUGUUGAAGAAGGUGCCGUAUCUUCUGGCCUUGAUGUAUUUCGAUCAACACACAGAUGUCAGCCUACAACCACUUGUGUCGCUAUAAAUGGGCAAGGUUUUGUGACAGGUGCUUACAAUUGCCAUUGUAACGAUGGAUAUUAUUUUCCUCGGAAAACAAAUGAAACUAAAGCGUACUCUGGAACAGAAUUAGAUGAUUAUGUCCGAAGGUUUGGAGAAGUCAAAUCGGGAAUGUUCCAGUGCGCUGCGUGCGCAACUGGAUGUGACACGUGUGUUGACAGUUCUCCAUGUGUGCAAGAAUAUGAAAUUCAUCUGAAAAUCAUUCUUUUAGCUUGUACAUCGUUAACUGUAAUCGGUAUCGUGUCCGUUGCGAUUGUAACUUACUUUUACAAAGAUAACAAGUUUUUUACAACUUAUUUCACAUCAACUGUUUUGGUAUGCACAAUACGCAUCUGGCCGCAGCAUAUCGGUUUCUUUAUUCUGUAUGGAUCUCUGGUUGUAAAGACAUGGAGAAUUUCUGCAAUAUUUACUGUGGGUGCUGGGAAGAGAGUGUACCUUCCAGAUAAGGCUCUUUAUCAACGGCUAGGUCUUAUGAUGGGUUUUGUUGUUAUAGUUCUUGCCGCAUGGACUGUAGGUAAACCACCAGUAAUUCAAAAAAUUAAGACAUCCGAUGAUCUUCUCUUUUAUAUUUGCAACUAUGGACCAAUGGAAUACGCCGUUAUUUCAGCUGAAAUACUGCUCCUAUUGUAUGGCGUGUACCUUUGCUUCACAACAAGAAAAGUACCAUCACAGUUCAAUGACAAAUUCAUGACGUAUGCGAUAUACAACGCAAUAAUUCUUGGAAUUUUCAUGACAUUCAUGUCUCGUCUGCUCAUAACAGUUAUCGGGCCUGAUAUGUCUCUAGUGUUUCAAUUUCUCCAACUCCAAGUGUUUGCUUCAAUUACUCUUCUUAUCAUUUUUGUUCCAAAGUUUAUAGCUGUCAGAAAGGCAAAGGAAACUGGCGAUCAGAAUAACACAUUCUCUAGUCUCAACGGCCAAGGAUUCGGAAAAGGUCGAUUUACAAAGCAGUUAUCAUCCGCGCUGGAUUUGAAUGUGAACUUUCUUAAAUUCCUAGUGGAAGCCACAAAUAAAUCAACACAAACAGACGACACAUUAGAAAGCGAGGGUGCCACUUACACAACAGUCGACGACACAAAGUAGUUCUUUGGUUUUGAGAUUAAAAAUAAAUAUAUAUAAUUUGAAACAUCGAAUCAUAUAUCAUAAAUUGUUGUAAUGCAAUAAUGUCACUUUUCACAAUGUUCCUGUGAACUAAUUGCAUAAUUAAACUUAAUGUUAUUUUUGAACUGAUGAUACAUAGACAUUUAGUAAAUUUGUAUAAAAAGUUCAUAUAGACAGUAUGUAAUUAUGGUGUUUUAUUGUGCACGAAUCAUUUCAGGUUAUCCUCACAUUUACAUUAGUUUGCCUAAAGCAACUCCACCGAGGUCCAAAAAGGUUAUAACAUAAAAUUUGAAUUUCUUAUAUAAAUCAGCAAGGGGUUAUAAAAACAGACAUGCAAAUGAUAAUCAAGAAAUAUACUCAGAAAUAAAUUGAAACUCGUAUGUCUAUGCUAUUCUUAGCGAUAUUUAAGUGAAAACCGUUGCAACGCUUUUCAUUUUUUGUAAAGUAAAAUUAAUUUUACAACACUUGAAACUAUGUUGAAUUGAUGUAACAUUUACACAUUUACAUGAAUUGCGUAUACCGGUAAUUUGUAAAAUAUAUAUUAUGAUAACUUGAAUUUACAAUAUACAGUUUAAAAUUCCAGAUAUCACAAAUGUUGUUGAUUUUGUUUGCUUUAAGUACUUGAUAUUCAUAAAUGAUUAUUCUACUUUGACAUAUUUCAUGAAUUGAGCCAC